UGACCGCUAGUUCUUGAGAAAAGAGAGGUACCAAUGGUUAUAAAUUGGGUUCCACUCCAAUGACAAAAUUGCAGCUUAAACUCUUAGAAUCACUCAUCUAUACGAAAGAAAGUGAGACAGAGAAAGAGAUGGAAGUUGUUCAAGUGCUCCACAUGAAUGGUGGAAUAGAUGAAACAAGUUAUGCAAGCAACUCCCUGAUUCAGAAAAAAGUAAUAUCUUUGACCAAACACAUCUCAGAGGAAGCUAUAACCAAUCUCUACUGCAGCACCUUGCCAAGGAGCCUAGUCAUCGCUGACUUGGGUUGUUCUUCUGGACCGAACACUUUGUUUUUGGUUUCUGAACUUAUCAAGGUAGUGGACAAGCUUCGCCAAAAACUAGGUCAUGAAUCACCUGAAUAUCAAGUAUUUUUGAACGACCUUCCAGGGAAUGACUUUAAUACCAUUUUCAAGUCAUUGCCAAACUUCCAAAAACAAAUGAGUUAUCAAAUGGGGCCUGGUAUUGGUCCAUGUUUGUUCUCAGGAACUCCUGGUUCCUUCUAUGGCAGGCUUUUUCCAAGCAAGAGUCUGCAUUUUGUCCACUCUUCUUAUAGUCUCCAAUGGUUAUCUCAGGUUCCAGAAGGGUUGGAUAAUAAUAAAGGGAACAUAUACAUGGCAUGUACAAGCCCGCCAGAUGUUCUUAGGGCAUACUAUGAGCAAUAUCAAAGAGAUUUUUCAAUGUUUUUGAAGUGUCGUGCAGAGGAGUUGGUGGCAGGAGGGGGAAUGGUAUUAACCUUUUUAGGGAGAAGAAGUGAAGAUCCGUCUAGCAGAGAGUGUUGUUAUAUUUGGGAGCUUUUGGCAAUGGCACUCAAUGACAUGGUCUCUGAGGGACUCAUAGAUGAAGACAAAAUGAAUUCCUUCAAUAUCCCUCAAUACACACCAUCCCCAUUAGAAGUGAAAACCGAAGUUUCAAAAGAAGGAUAUUUCUCAAUUGAUCACUUGGAGGUUUCUGCAAUCAAAUGGAAUGGUUUUGAUGAUGAAUUCAAUGCAUCAAAUGCAUUUAGUGACGAUGGAUACAAAGUUGCAAAGUACAUGAGAGCUGUGGCUGAAUCCAUGCUUGUUAGUCAUUUUGGAGAUGCAAUAAUUGAUGAAGUUUUUCUAAGGUACAGGAAAAUUAUUGCUGAUCGCAUUUCUAAAGAGAAUUGUCAAUUUAUCAAUGUGACCAUUUCUAUUACAAAGAUAGGAUGAUUAAGAUUUUAUAUAUGGGUGAUCGAGAAUAUAAUAAUGGUCAUUUCAUCACAUGAAUGACUCGUGUUUGUGCUUGUCUAAUAAUGUGGCAGGUCAAGCUCUUGUAUUAUUAUUACAAGGUGUUGCCAUGUAUUAUCAUUUAGUGCUUUCAUAUGAAAUUAAAUUACGUGUAUGAAAAUUUGGUUUACUGGAUUGUUCCCAGUGACCUUUAGUUUCCUACAA